AUACUCAACCUUUCUCUUACACCCACUUCAUAAACAUCAUAUUUCUCUCUCUAUAUUGAACCUCAUUCUUCUUCCUGUUUCUCUCUCCUUCAAGAAGACUAAUUAGUAAUUACAAUGGAUGGAAGUUCCACUGAUGAUCAAAGCACAACUACAGAAACAACUUCAACAGUUGCAGCACCGGUGACUACGCCUCCACUGAUCGGCAGUGGGGGCAGCAUGGUUCUCGACAUGGAAGUUGGUUUGGAAGCCGAGUCAAGGAAGCUGCCUUCGUCAAGGUUCAAAGGGGUAGUCCCACAGCCAAACGGCCGUUGGGGUGCACAGAUUUACGAGAAACACCAACGCGUGUGGCUUGGGACCUUCAACGAAGAACAUGAAGCUGCUAAAGCGUAUGAUACUGCUGUUCAGCGCUUCCGUGGUCGCGAUGCUGUCACCAACUUCAAGCCGCUUCCAGCCGACACAGAAGAAGCCGGGAUGGAAGCCAGUUUCUUGAAUUCCCAUUCAAAAGCUGAGAUCGUCGAUAUGUUGAGGAAACACACAUACAAUGAUGAGCUAGAACAAAGUAAGAGAAGCUGCAACUUAAACAAAACCCCUUUUACAAACGGGUUUAGAUCGGGUCAACAGUUGGUCAACGCCCGGGAACAACUCUUUGAGAAAACAGUCACCCCCAGCGACGUCGGAAAACUAAACCGGUUAGUGAUACCAAAGCAGCACGCUGAGAAACACUUCCCGUUGCAAAGCGAAAGCACGUCCAAAGGAGUUCUUUUACAUUUCGAAGACAUCGGGAUGAAAGUAUGGAGAUUUCGUUACUCAUACUGGAAUAGUAGCCAGAGCUACGUUUUGACCAAAGGGUGGAGCCGGUUCGUGAAGGAAAAGAACUUAAAAGCUGGUGACAUUGUGAGCUUUCAGAGAUCCACGGGUUCAGACAAGCAACUUUUCAUCGACUGGAAGACCAAAAACGGGUCAGGUAGCUCCAAUAUUCCAGAACAAGUCCAACCUGUUCACAUGUUUAGGCUGUUUGGAGUCAAUAUAUCUAGUGCAAGUAGUCAUGGCGUUGAAAGCACUUGCAAUGGGGGUUUGUUUGAUAAUGUUUCGGACUAGCUACCUUUUUCCUAGCGAUGAUGAUGAGGAACGAAGCUGGAAAGUGGUGGGAACGGAAUAGAGCAGGGUGCAAGUUGCAAAAGUUUGUAUAUUUAUAUUAGAAACCCAAAAUAUAAUUGAGCAAAAGAAAGCUCAAUGUAGGGAACAAGUUGAACAAUUGUAAAAAACGAACAAAAAUAGAAACUCUUUGUUUUCCAAAAUCCAUCGCCUUGAUUGGGUUGUUGAUUAAUAUUUGAUGUUCGAAUAUGCAUGUUUAUUAUAACGUAUAUUUAUUUUGGAA